AUGUUCGGUCCAUUUGACUUCCCACCAGAAAUCUUCGUUCUUAUCUGCAAUCAUCUAGAACAGCCUGAUCUGAAAGCUUGCUCCGAAGUCUGCAAGAGUUGGAAUAAUCUAACGAAGCCACUACUUUGGAGAGACUUGGUUGAGUCACGGCCAAUGCUACAGAAUGAGGAAUACCUAAAGCCAUUAAUCGAAAAUGGGCACCGUAUCCGUCACCUACAAUACCACGGCACCAAACUUGCACAGGUUCUUGCUCGACCAGAGGUCAAUUGCACAAAACUCAAGUCGUUAUUUUACACUUUGCCCUGCAGCUACAGUGACUCCAACUUCCUAAAGCCAGAACAAGAAGUUGAUUUGGAUGCCUUUCUGGUCCUCCUAGGGCGCAACCCAUCUAUACGUUACCUCAAAAUAUCGCUCAGGAACAAGAAUCUUACGGAGGCAAUUUCAAUACGUCUACUCAUCCAGCUUAAACGCCAUUCACAACUACGAUAUUUGAGCAUCACCGGCUUAUGCAGCCUCGUAGGCCAUUUUUUUUAUGGCGCACUACGCCUUCUUCCAAAGGCACUAACGGAGCUUGAGAUUGAAGCCAUGUCAUACUACUCAAGUCCGAAUGCAGCUCCUGGAACUGCGGAUGAUACGCUUCUUCCCAAAUCAUUUCCUAAUCUCUAUAAGGUCCAGCUUGGAGGAACAUUCUUUUCUUCACGAGAAAACUUGAUCUUCAAGCUUCUCAAACGGUGUCCUAACCUCCAAGAGCUAUCGGUUCCACAUAUAAAACUUAGUGCCCAUGGCGACUUGGUUGAUUUCUUGCCCGUAUGGCACCCCAAACUCAAGGGCUUAGUCAUAAAUGAUCACGGAGCCCCAAGCGCCAUACAGGCACUGAUGAAACCUGGUCAGCUGCAGCUCAGGAAGCUUCAUCUUCAAGACCCUCCUGAGAGCAUUCAAAAUAUGUUGAGCUCGUGGGCUGAUACUCUACAGGAUCUGGAAUUCGGCGCUUCAACCUGUCUUUCAAGUCAGGAUAUUCAGUCGAUCAUAAUGACAUGUGCAAGUCUUAGAAGAUUGGUCUUUAAAACCGAAUCAACACUCUAUUUUAGGUGCCCUGAAUCGGGACUAUUCUUGAGUGAUAUGGCAGAUAUGAAAUGGGCAUGUGAGAGUAGCUUGCGGGAACUCGCACUGACAGUAAUAGACGACCGUACUAUUAAGGAGCCUGAAUCACAGACGCCGCUCUUGGUCUGGUACCAACAACUAGCGCGUUUAAAAAACAUUCGGGCCCUGCAUCUUGGAUGGGUACCGAGGCCGGCGGGGAGGUCCAAAGAUUACCCAGUACACCCCAUGCGCCCCUAUUUGACAAUAGAAAGCGGUCUGGACCUUUGGAAAGAUUUGAAAGACCUACAAAUAUUAAACAUACGAGAUAUCGAUAAGGUAUUGAUGGGUCAAGCGGAGAUGGAGUGGAUUGUGAAGCACUGGCCAAACUUGACAGCGCUUUUGGGCCUCGGUCUAUAUAAAUACAAAAAUGAUGCACAGCUCUGGGGUGAAGAUGAUCCAGUUUGGGACAAGGUGUUCAAGAGGCCAUAUUUGGAUCACAAUGGAUUUUGGAACAAAAAGGACGAUUUUAGUUUUAUCACCUGGAUGCGCACUCAAAAGCCUCGAUUAGUUUUGGACUAA